CUCGGAGAACAGACAGCAUGGCGGACGUGUUGGAUCUUCAUGAAGCGGGAGGAGAAGAUUUUCCUAUGGAUGAGGAUGGUGACGAAAGCAUUCACAAACUUAAGGAAAAAGCCAAGAAGAGGAAGGGUCGUGGAUUUGGAUCUGAGGAAGGAGCAAGAUCCAGAGUGAGAGAAGAUUAUGAUACAGUAGAGCAGGAUGGUGAUGAGCCUGGACCACAAAGAUCUGUUGAGGGCUGGAUUCUCUUUGUUACCGGGGUUCAUGAAGAGGCUACAGAAGAAGACAUUCACGACAAAUUUGCAGAGUAUGGAGAGAUUAAAAAUAUCCAUCUCAAUUUAGACAGAAGGACAGGUUACCUAAAAGGUUAUGCACUGGUUGAAUAUGAAACAUAUAAAGAAGCACAAGCUGCCAUGGAGGGGCUAAACAGCCAAGAACUCAUGGGUCAACCUAUCAGUGUGGACUGGGGCUUUGUUAGAGGGCCACCAAAGAGCAAGAGGAGGGGUGGAAGGAGACGCAGCAGAAGUCCAGACAGAAGACGGCGCUGAUUUCUCAGAGGUGUUUAACCUGUCAGCUGGACUACAUCACUGAUUCCCAUCAUCCGAACCAGCAUGUAAAAACAUGUCUCUGUUUUUUAAGGUUUUAGUGCUUAUGAUUUUUUUGUUUCUUUGUUUUCAUUUAAACAGUUACUUGGCUGCUGGUUGUGCAGUUUAUUCUGUAAGAGAGGAUGAUUGGCACUGCAGCAGUGUUUGUAAUAUUAAAAUUUUGUUUUGUGUA